AUGCAGUAUCUUGUUAAAUUCGAAGAUGAAAAUAAACUCAGUGAUGUGCUUCAAGUACCAGAUAGCAUAGAUAGCAACCAGCUUAAAACACUGUUUAAUCUUAAUAAAGGCGUUUCCCUCUACAUCAAUGGCAGCAUGAUCGUUGAUACGCUACAAAAGACACUCAAGGGCGAUACUGAUAUCGAAUCAAUCAAAAUAAUCAAAGUAGUAGCUAAGAGUGGAUCAGCACCGUCGGCAUAUUGUAGCAGUGUCAUUUCAGGUCAUAGCGGUCCUGUUCUUACACUUGUCAUCACCAAAGACGGUAGAACACUUGUUACAGCUGGUGCUGAUAAAACAGUACGUUUUUGGGAUAUGCUAACUAAAACACAAAUCAAGAUUCAUCGUAAACACAAUCACUGGAUAAUGGCACUGAUUGAGCUGGAUGAUUUCAUCGUGGCAGGUGGAAUGGACUCAAACAUCUCAGUUUAUUCCAAAACAGGUGAUUUCAUCAUGUCAUUUUCUAAACAGAAAAAAGGCAUCACCAAAUUGAUCAAGGUCGAUCAAAAUGUAUUUGUAUCGGGGGCUAGGGAUGGUACAGUUGCUAUAUUUGAUAUUUCGGAUAAUAUAGCCAAUUGUAGAAAUAUUUUACAACACAAAUUGCCAAUAACAGACAUCAAAACCAAUGGUAAAAUCAUAGUAAGCAGUUCCAAGGAUGGGGCUGUUAAAAUAUCCGAUAUUAAUCUGGAAUACAUUUGUCACAUCAAUGAAUCAGAUACACAGGUGAAUUGUAUUGAGAUUGUUGGUGACAAAAUAGUAACAGGAGACGAGUUAGGAAAUGUACUGGUCUACGAAUCAAAUAAGGUGAAAUACAGGAUGAAGCACAAGAGAGAGGUGAUAAGCGUAUCAGGGGAUGAAAAUGGAAUGAACUUUGUAACAGGAUCAUUUGAUAAGACUGUGAAAGGGUGGAAUGCGGAGACUGGAGCACUGCUGUUUACGCAAUAUCAUGUUGAUUUUGUAUACAGGGUGAAAUAUUUCAAUGAUCUGGUCAUAUCAAUUGGUAAGGAUAGAAUUGUGAAAUACUACAGGCCGAGUGAGAAUAAGCGAGUCUGUGAAUUUGUUACCAAGGAUGAAAUAUACGAUUUCGAUUACAGCAAGGGAACUGUAGUUGCUGUAAGCAAAGACUCAAAUGUGUAUUUCUACAACAAUUAA